AACAAUUCUUAUACUCGAGUGAUCUUGUUUAGUUUUUAAAACUGGUUUGCAUCAAUUCAUCAGUGACGAUGAUGCAAGAACACAAGUCCUUUUUGAUAAGAGAUCUUUUGGGCGACGUUCUGGCGGAUAGAGUUCAAGAAGAUUCCGAAGAUGAUUCGGCCGUUCAUUCGGAUUCCGAAGAUACAAUCGAUCCUGGCAGUAGUCCUUGCACUCGACUAGGAAGUCCACCACCUGUUCUCUCGCCUCCACCAGGUCCGACAACGUCUGGUAAAUCUUGCGGAACUCCUAGUGGUCCACCUAGUGGAAGAAAGCCACGAAGAAGACGAACGGCUUUUACACAUGCUCAACUUGCUUACCUAGAAAGAAAAUUCCGUUGUCAAAAAUAUCUAAGCGUGGCGGAUCGUAGUGACGUAGCAGAUGCAUUGUCUCUCUCAGAAACUCAAGUGAAGACUUGGUAUCAAAAUAGAAGAACGAAGUGGAAGAGACAGAAUCAGUUACGACUCGAACAACUUCGUCAUCAAGCCACGGUAGAAAAAGAGCUCCUUGUACGAGGCGUCGGUCUUCAUCAUGGUAGCAUAGAUGCCUAUUGUCCGUCUUACAAUGCACAAACACAAGUGACAAAUCAUGCACCUCCGCCACCACCACCACCAGCUCCAUCCACGGCGUCCACGGCAGCGUUCCUUUCGACAGCGGCUGCACUUUUUCGAAACGUCACAUACGUACACGGCUGUCCACUCUAA